AUGUCACGUGUAAAAAUACCAACCACUAACAAGACAGAGAUAAAGGUUAUCCUUGUUGGUAACUCUGGUGUUGGUAAGACUACCCUGAUAUCUGCAAUUUCUCAAGGAAAAUUCAACUCAGAUCAGAAAUCUACAAUUGCUCCAUCUUAUUCAUAUCUUGAGAUUAAAAAUAAGAAAGGUACUACUUCAAGAUUACAAGUAUGGGAUACUGCUGGGCAAGAACGUUACGCAUCAAUUUCACAGAUUUUCUAUCGCGACUCAAGCGUUGCUUUAGUUUGUUUAGAAGUUGGUGAUGAAAACAACAUCAAUUCUGCUAUUGAAUGGGAAGAAAAGGUUCUGACCGAGCAAUCAAAUUGCCACAUCUUCUAUGUGAUUACAAAAUCCGAUAUGAAUGAUCCUAAAGAUACAGAAGCUUUUGCUGACCUCUUGAAAAAGAGAUUAAACAAUACCCAAGUUUUCAUUACAUCGGCCAAAAACAUGGAAGGCAUCAAAGAGCCAUUCGAAGCUGCGGCCAACUUAAACAUUAACCCAUUUGAUAAAGGCCAUGAUUCUGUUGAUAUCGCCCAAGAUCAAAAUAAAGAUCAGAAAAAGUCAUGUAAUUGUUAA